CAAAAAAACAGAUCGGAAAAUUCGCUAAAAAAGAAGACUCUGAGACUGAGAGACGACCUUCGUGCAUGGGCAACACAACAUUUAUACAAGAAGAAUUUCUCCGAUUGAAGCAACAACGAAGAAUAGUCAUCAUCCUUUGCUCAAUCUAGGGAGAUUCUAAGGUCCAUUUCGGUGAAUGCCAGAUUCGAGGAGAAUCUGUCGUUUUCAGCACAUUGUGUGGAAAAUUAUGAUCGAGCAUCUGAAGAUUUUUGCUAAAUAGAAAGGAAUCAGAAUCUAUGAACGAUCUGAGUUUAAAUCAAGGAAACUCCACGAAAAUCCUCGUGGCUUGGUUUCUCUCUAAUGUGACUCAGAGUUUUGGUAAUGCAUCAAAUGUAAGGCUGGAUACAGUGUUUUAAAAUCACCAGGUGCUUGUAAAGAUGGAAACGAGGCCUGGAGAGAGAGGAUUCUCAAAUGGUGAUGUUUAUUCUGGUCAACUCAAAGGAACACUUCCUAAUGGGAAGGGAAAGUAUGUAUGGUCCGAUGGAAUCAUCUACGAAGGUGAUUGGGAAGAAGGGAAGAUAUCAGGGAAAGGGAAGCUUAUAUGGUCAUCGGGAGCUAAAUACGAAGGUGAUUUCUCUGGAGGAUACCUUCACGGCUUUGGCACCAUGACUUCCCCUGACGGAUCUGUCUACAGUGGAGCAUGGAGGAUGAAUGUGCGGCACGGUCUAGGAAGGAAAGAGUAUUGUAACUCAGAUUCAUACGAUGGCUCGUGGAAAGAAGGAUUACAGGAUGGGAGUGGUAGUUAUACUUGGACUAACGGAAACAGGUUCAUUGGGAACUGGAAAAAGGGUAAAAUGUCUGGGAGAGGGGUUAUGAGCUGGGCAAAUGGUGAUCUCUUCAACGGGUUUUGGUUGAAUGGUCUUAGACAUGGCUCUGGGGUUUAUAAGUAUGCUGAUGGCGGCGGUUUUUACUUCGGGACAUGGUCACGUGGACUAAAAGAUGGGAGUGGAGUGUUUUAUCCUGCUGGGAGUAAACACCCGUCUCUGAAGAAGUGGCAUAGGUCUUUUGGUUACGAUGACACGGGGAAUUUUGUGCUCUCUCAUGAUUCAUCGAUAAACCGUGAGGAGCUACGGGCUUCAAAGGCUGUUUCGCGAAGUCUCUCUGAGAUAACAACAACAAGUGGAGUGGCGAGAAACUCAGGGAGGAUGUCGGAGAGGUUUCUUGAUGAGAAUUGGACUACAAGUGAUCCUCCUAGAGAUUUUAUGCAUCAUGGUCCCUCGUCCAAGUCUGCACGGUCUGUAGACUCUGGUCAAAGCGAGGCACGAGAGAAAGACAAGAACCCUAUCGUUUUUGAAAGGGAGUACAUGCAAGGGGUUUUGAUUAAAGAACGGAUUAUGAGUUCUAUUGACAUGUCACACAGGGCAAGACCUUUGGAUCGUACUAAAGAGAUCACGAUUAGCGCUUGUGUGUCCUUUCUGGGGGAAAAAUGGAACUACUAUCUAAUGCUUAAUCUCCAACUCGGUAUCAGGUAUACUGUUGGAAAAAUCACGCCAGUGCCUCGGCGGGAAGUUCGCGCUUCUGACUUUGGUGAAAGAGCCAGAAUCAUGAUGUUCUUCCCUAGAGGUGGUUCCCAGUAUACGCCUCCACAUAAGUCCAUUGAUUUCGAUUGGAAAGACUAUUGCCCUAUGGUUUUCAGGAAUUUAAGGGAGAUGUUCAAACUAGAUGCUGCAGACUACAUGAUGUCUAUCUGUGGUGAUGAUGGUCUGAGGGAAAUUUCCUCCCCUGGGAAAAGUGGCAGUAUCUUCUACCUUUCUCACGACGACAGAUUUGUGAUAAAGACACUAAAAAGAUCUGAGUUGAAGGUUCUACUCAGAAUGUUGCCUAGGUACUAUGAACAUGUAGGGGACCAUGAAAAUACGCUCAUUACGAAAUUUUUUGGAGUUCACAGAUUAAAACUCAAAUGGGGUAAAAAGGUACGCUUUGUGGUCAUGGGGAAUAUGUUUUGCACAGAGUUGAAGAUUCAUCGCCGGUAUGACCUUAAGGGCUCUACUCAAGGGAGAUUUACGGAAAAGAAUAAAAUCAGAGAAAAGACUACCAUGAAAGAUCUUGAUCUAGCUUAUGAGUUUCAUAUGGACAAGCUGCUGCGAGAGGAGCUCUUUAAGCAAAUUUUGUUAGACUGCUCGUUCUUGGAAUCUCUGCAAAUCAUCGAUUACAGUCUUCUGUUGGGAUUACAUUUUAGAGCUCCCGAUCAACUUAAUGAUAUCCUAGAGCCUCCCAAUGAAAUGUCAGAUCAAGAAAGUGAUAGUGUUGCUUCUGUUGAAGUUGGUGUGCCUCGUGAACCCUCGAUUCCACCAAAAGGACUGUUACUGGUUACUCACGAACCCAAUUCCGUUAAUACCGCCCCGGGUCCUCACAUCAGAGGAAGCACGCUACGAGCAUUCUCCGCCGGCGAGAAAGAAGUUGAUCUCAUUCUACCUGGAACUGCAAGGCUCCGGGUACAGUUAGGAGUGAACAUGCCGGCUCAAGCCCACCAUAAACUCCGUCAAGAGGAGGAAGACGCAGGAAUGGUGGAGCUUUUUGAAGUAUACGACGUGGUUGUGUACAUGGGCAUCAUCGACAUCUUGCAAGAGUACAAUAUGAAGAAGAAAAUGGAACAUACUUGCAAAUCAAUGCAGUAUGAUCCAAUGACGAUUUCAGCCAUCGAGCCUACGCUUUACUCUAAACGGUUCACCGAUUUCCUCCUUAAGGUGUUCCCUGAAAAAGCAUAAAGAGAGAGAGAGAGAGAGAGAGAGCGAGAGAGAUCAACGGACCAUUCCUCGAUCUUCUUACCUUUGGGUCAAAUGGUUCAUGGAUUGACUCGGUGGAUAUUCUUUUCUAAAUACUCGUAAUGUUCUUCGUCCUUAUGUACACUAACAUUUAGGAUUCUUAUAUACUUCAACAAGCUUUCUUGUAUUAUUGUUAUAAAUAGAUCUGUGCCACUCUCUCCAUGAGACUCACCAUUAAGCUAUUGUUAGGUUUGGGUUGAGGAUAGAUUUUGUACUAAUAUUUUCGGAAUAAAAUUAAAAUUCCAAA